CCUACGCGUCGCGCGGGUGGCAGGAGUUGACGGACGGUCUCUGGCUGCGUUUGGGCGGCCCCGGGACCACGGAAGAGGCUUCCCUGGUCGGCCGCGAUGCCUAGCUCGCGGCGGGUCAGUCAGCUCCUGGAUCUAUGCCUUUGGUGCUUCAUGAAGAAUAUUUCCAGAUAUAUCACAGACAUUAAGCCUUUGCCUCCAAACAUAAAAGACAGACUGAUUAAAAUAAUGAGUACCCAGGGGCAGAUAACAGAUUCAAAUAUAAGUGAGAUUUUACAUCCUGAAGUCCAAACUCUAGAUCUACGGAGCUGUGAUAUUUCAGAUACUGCUCUCCUGCACCUGUGCAACUGCAGAAAGCUGAGGAAAUUAAAUUUAAGUUCCUCAAAAGAAAACAGAAUUUCCAUAACUUCAAAAGGAAUAAAAGCAGUGGCUUCCUCCUGUUCAUACCUGCAUGAAGCUUCUUUGAAAAGAUGCUGCAAUCUCACUGAUGAAGGAGUCCUUGCUCUUGCACGUAACUGCCGGCUACUAAAGAUCAUUGAUUUAGGUGGCUGUUUAGGUAUUACUGAUGUGUCCUUACAUGCAUUAGGAGAAAACUGCCCAUUUUUGCAGUGUGUUGAUUUCUCAGCUACGCAGGUGUCAGAUGAUGGGGUGGUUGCACUUGUUAAUGGACCUUGUGCCAAGAAAUUAGAGGAGAUUCAUAUGGGACAUUGUGUGAAUCUGACUGAUGAAGCUGUAGAAGCUGUCCUCACUUGCUGUCCUCAGAUACGUAUAUUACUCUUCCAUGGAUGCCCCCUAAUAACAGAUCAUUCACGAGAAGUCCUGGAGCAAUUAGUAGGCCCAAACAAACUAAAGCAAGUGACUUGGACUGUUUAUUGAUGCUUAUUGAAGCUUAUCAAAGCAAUGAUCUUCAUACUACAUUCCCAGGAAACAAUGGUUUUUGAGAUUGGCUUUCCAAUAAUGUGGUUUUUGCUUUGAAGUUAACCAGACUCUUAAACAUUUUAAUAGUGGUAUUAUUCUA